UGUUACGAGGAUCUGGACCUCAGACCCUUCACUAACAGUCCUUAUCUUGCCAGUAUUCUGGAGUACUUGCAGUUCUGUCAGUACAACUUGGGGUCAAUGCAGGACGGAGCAGAUACCGCCUACUCCUACACACUCCUCCACACUCGUAACCCCACUAUUAACGAUAACAUAGAGCUAUAUAGCAGUCAGUUUGGAGUUAAGGGCACCAGUAGGCAGGAUAUCCAGGGUUUUCUUAACAACCAUAGGAUUGACAUGGAAUUAUUGGAGAAAACAGACUCUAAACAGCAACCAAGAGAAGAAAGUGUAUUUAGAACUGAUAAUUCAUUUGGAGAUAAGGGGUUCUUAUCCACUGAAGAAUGUAAUACUUUGGUAUAUUUUGCUAAGGAAGUUUCAACUGAAAACGACGGUUACGAUCAUUUCAAAGACAAAGGUUCAUCGCCUUUCAGUUCAAACGAGAAGUACAGCGGAAUCGAGCUGAGCAGAGCUAUAGAAUUAUUGGAGGGUGGACAAGUCGAAGCAGAAGCGGUGCAGUUGUAUUUAUCAGUUGUUGAGGCAGCAAAAUCUCAUUUGGAAAAGAAAUUUAAACUGGUGAAACCCCUUUAUUUUAACUACAUUCACUUGGUCCAAAGAUCAGCAAUUGAAGGCUCAGAAAAAGUCUCAGAAUAUUCGCAUCCGAUACAUGCUGAUAAUUGUGUCAUAAAACCGGACGGUUCAUGCAUUAAAGAGUCUCCAGCUUUUACUGAGAGAGAUUGGUCCGCAGUUGUAUAUCUUAAUAGUCCAGUAGGUGGAGAGUUCGUUAUAACAAACAAUAAAUACACUGUAACAGAAAGUCUGCAGCCAUCAUGUGGUAACAUUGUAGGCUUCAGUGCUGAGACCUUUCAUGGUGUUAAGGCUGUGGAAAAGGGAGAAAGAUAUGCCAUAGGGUUGUGGUUCACACAUCAGAUUUCAAGAGCAGUAGAUAUGGUCCUGUUACAGCGGAGAAUAGACAAUGCCAAGGAGAAAAACGCUGCUCGCGCUUCUAAAGACGAACUUUAAAAACUAGGGAGUGAAGACUUUAGAAACUCUGGAGUGAAGACUUUAGAAACUCGGGAGUGAAGACUUUAAGAACUCGGGACUUUAAAGACCAACUAUGGACUACAUCUUAGGAUCUUUGAUAAAUAGUUUCUCUAAGCCGACCCUGUGAAGAUGUUAGUAAUAGUACCGUUUAUGGUAAAACCUGGUAGCCAGUAAUGUUGGGAUUUUACAUUUUGAACAGGUUCUAACUUAAAAUUUGACAUUUGUGAAAGUUGAAACUGAUUAUAAUCGGUUAAAUCGGUUGUCAGAGUUAUGAUUUUCGGGAUAAAAAUUGAAAACAGGUCUUUGUAUGAUCCGAAUAGUGAUGAUAAAAUGAAUUCUGUUAAUAGUGAAUUGAGAUUGAUUCUUUUAUUUCGUUUGAUUUUCAAUUUAUGUUUCAAGUGAAGCGGGUGAUAAAAUGUGAGUUAUAAUUUCAUUAUUGAAAAUUAAUGACCUUAAAUUUAAUCUUUUUCUAAUCAAAGAUUAUCGUUACUGUACUUAUUUUUGGAUAUUUUGUUUUAUUUUGGAAAUAUUAUUUGUACGAAAUUUUAUUCUUGUACU